AUGCCCGUGGAUUUAAGCCAGUGGAGCGGGGCUUUGGAGCUGCAGCAGGUGGAGGACAAACCUGCGGAGCCUUUGACAGUGAAAUACGGCUCUGUGGAAGUGAAUGAACUCGGACAAGUUCUCACUCCAACUCAGGUGCAGAACAGACCAACGUGCAUUGAAUGGGCAGGAUGUGAUCCCAGUAAACUGUACACUUUGGCCCUGACUGACCCCGAUGCCCCAAGUAGAGCAGAUCCUAAAUUCAGGGAGUGGCAUCAUUUUCUGGUCAUCAACAUGAAAGGCAAUGAUGUAUCUUCUGGCUCGGUCAUGUCUGACUAUGUAGGCUCCGGACCUCCCAAAGGAACAGGUCUACACAGGUACGUCUGGUUGGUUUAUGAACAACCCGGGUCGCUGUCUUGCUCCGAAGCGGUGCUGACAAACCGCUCUGGAGAUGGACGUGGCAAGUUCAAGAUCCAAAGUUUCAGGCAGAAGUACGGGCUCGCAGCUCCUGUGGCGGGUACCUGCUACCAGGCUGAAUGGGACGACUACGUGCCCAAGUUGUAUGAGCAGUUAUCUGGAAAGUAA